GCGUGAUCCAAACACGACACUCCGAAUAUAAUUCGUCAAAUAUAUUUUCAUUAUUUCUCACCUAGGGCUUCAUUUAUAGAAUCGUCGCUGAAAGCCGACCCAGCCGCCUCCCGGAGACGUUCUUCUACGGGCCGUCAAAUGGCGAUCGCUUCGGAGGGGCUUCCUUCGUCACCUGGACGAUAGGACGGAAGGACGUGGUGACGAGGACAGGCGAAAUAAAGCUUUGCGAAGCGAAUUAGAGGAAUAGGAAGCGAAAAGAGAGAGGGCGAGGAGCGCGGCGGUGCCACGUCGCGGAGUGUUUCGGGUCGAGUGCGCGGGGAGAGGCGGCAACGCCGCCCACGGCAGUGUGUGUGCCCGUCUCCCCUACGAGGAAAGUGGACUUACCCGCUGCUGGUCGUCGACAGAAGAGGCGCCUCGCCAGCGUCGGGUCGUUUUUACGUAGAUCGGUGUCUCUCCUAUCGGCCGAAAUUCAUAUUCUCUCUCCCUCUCGCCGCCGCCGCCUCCGCCGCUUCUGCUGCUUCGCGCCCCUUUUUCGCAGUGCAAGUGACCCCAAGAGUGGAGUUUUCGUAGUAGUGCUGGUGCUGGUGGUGGUGGUGGUGGUUGGUGGUGUUACAGAAGUGGUGGUUGGUGGUGUCGCCGUUUCGGGCAUUCAGUGUUUUGUUGGAGAAAUCAACCUCCUCCUCCUCCUCCCCCUACACCUCCUCCUCCACCUCCCUCCUGUUAUACUACCCUGACACACACAUACAACCACCCCAUACCCCUUCCUGACGUGCUCUUCCUCCUCCCCCCUACCCCUCCUCCUGUACCACACAUACACACACACACCGUCACAUAUAUACACUACAAUAACCCCCCGACCCACCCACCCACCCCCCGACAACACCCCUCUCAACCCGACCCAAUGAAGUCGCCGUCAUCUUCAUCUUCGUCGUCUGCGUCUUCGUCGUCUUCUUCGUCGUCGUCGGAGAAACCGAGAGGCAGGUGGUGUCCCGCGGCCGCCGCUGCCGCCGCCCCUGCUGCUGCUUCCAAAUCCUAAUUAAAAGUCUUAUGGAGAGCGUGAAGCUGGCUGGGAUAGGGGCACAUGCCCCUCAGAUCUUGUAUUCUGGGGGCCGUCAGCCGCCCCCGGGACCACAGGCAGCCCACCCGCCCCCCACGUCAAGGCACGAAGGUUCACCGUAUAAGACACCUAUAUCACCACCCAUGGGUUCGAGGGCUGGUGCUGGCGGUUACCCAGCGUACCCGGCCGCUGGGGAAACUCACGUGGGCGGAGGCGGUGGUAGCCGAUACAUCCAGCAACCCUACAUUUACCCACGGGAACCUCACUACAUCAGACCAGCGUCUGACCGUCCAGUGAUGCUUCCACAUGGGCCAAGAAGACCAACCAUUUUGGGACCGUACGGGCCAUACGCGAGAGGUGGAGGGGCAGAUAUCUUAUGGCCGUAUGCAGCCCAUGGCCGUGCUGAUAUGAUGCCUGUUGUGGCGGGUAACCCGUUAGCUGUAAAUACCACCAUGGACUCCAGUAAAAGGAUAAAGCUCUCCCAACCUAGCAAGCAAGACAGUGCGCGAGUUCCCCUCGUCAUCGAUACCUCGGACAACAACCACAGCAGCCGGGAGUCCACAUACACCCCACAAGUAGAAGCCAUCUCCCCAACGCUGCCGUCCGACCCUAGAGAUGAAUCCCCACUCCGGUCCACCAAAGAUGAUUUGUUAAAACGUAUAGAACAAGUAGACAGAGAAAUUGCGAAGGCGGAAUCGAGCAUAGCUAAGCUUCGGAAAAAGGAAGGCGAACUAGAGCAAGCGGCACAAAAAGGUGACGGACCAACAGCAGUUGAAGAAGACACCAAAGAGCCAAAGCAUCAGAGUAUUGCCCAAAUUAUCUAUGCAGAGAAUAGGAAAAAAGCUGAGGAGUCUCAUAAUAUAUUAGUAAAGUUAAUACCACCGACGGACGUGAAAAGCGUGCUGCCACUUUAUCAUCAACCAACGGAUACUGAGGUGUACAUGACAAACAAGCGACAGUAUGCAGGUUUCAAGAGAAGGUUGAUGGAGAACUUCAAGAGACGUCUGGCCAGCAAGAAUGAGAGAGACAACAAUCUGACCCAAACUUAUUCUAAGCUGAUGACUGAAUGGUUAAAAAAAGUAGAAAAGGUUGAGAACUCCAAAAAGCACAAGGAGAAGGUAGCCAAAAAUAGAGAGCUAUUUGAGAAGGUUUUCCCGGAGCUAAGAAAGCAACGAGAAGAGAAAGAGAGAUUCUCUAGGGUUGGUGCAAGAGUUAAAAGUGAUGCUGAAAUGGAUGAAAUUUUAGAUGGCUUGCAGGAGCAAGAGAAUGAAGAUAAGAAAAUGCGGGCGUAUGCCGUCAUCCCUCCCAUCCUCUUGGAAGAGAGGAAAAGGAAACAUCGUUAUACAAAUAGAAAUGGUGUGAUAGAGGACCCGAUUACGGAAUAUAAAGAUCACAAAAAUAUUAAUAUAUGGACCGAACAAGAAAAAGAAAUAUUUCGGGAGAAGUAUUUGCUUAAUCCCAAAAAUUUUGUUGUGAUAGGUAGUUAUUUAGAACGCAAAUCUGUCAGUGACUGUAUACAGUUUUAUUACUCUACAAAAAAGAAAGAAAACUAUAAGAUGUUAGUGAAAAGACGUAUCAGGCGAAGACAAAAGCCUAAUAAUCAACCAGUGGUGGAAGUGUUUGGUGAAAACUCAACCCGCGUUCUCACGAGAGGCAAUCUAGCGGCAAUAAAGAGCCAGCAACCCCCAGCAACCACGAGGCCUGGCAGUGCAUCUGGUAUUGUUGAUAGUAAUAGCAUUGGUCCCUCGGCCAGCACACCUGCAACUUCACCAGGUCCUAACAUGGGACUGGAUCUCGCUACGUCUGGGGGACCUGCUACCAGUGAAUCAAGUACGACAAGCAACACUUGUAACCAAGAAGUUCGAGAAAAGGACAAGGAAAAUCUUUCUGCCAGCGAGAACAACAAAGCUGUGGAGAAGCCCAGCAGAAGAGAGCGUAUACGUAAUAAAGACGAUGACAAGACCAAAGAUGCACAAGAUUCCAGCGAUGAAGAUAAUGCUGCAGAGCAUGGAAAGGGUGGCCCUCACGAAUGCUUGGUGUGCGGCACCCAGUUGGAACAUUUCGGUCAAUCCCGUCCUGUGGGUCCUGGGCAAGCAGCCCAGUAUGGCCUGUCAGAAUCCCAUCUCCCUGCCAAUCCUCGCGUUUGCACAAACUGCAGAUGUCGACACUUAAGAAGGAGGGCACAGUGCCCUAUACCAACUUGUCCAUCUCACAAGUGGAGAGGGAAGCGUUUGCGUCCCUUACCCUCUAGAUGGGCUGACUUGCCGGCUGAAAUCAAGGAUCCCAUCAUCAGGGAGUUCCAAAUUCCUCCUGAUGUAACUAAAUGCUGUUCAGCUUGUCACAAUCGAAUCAUGCGCAAGCUGGGACCAGAGGCAGAGGAACCUGUAGAUCCUUCUAGGUGGUCAGAAGAAGAUGUGGAUGCAUUAAGAUCAGCCCUGAGAGAGGUUGGAUGCCACUGGUCAAGAGUUGCGGAACGACUUCCCAACAAAACUGAAGGACAGUGCAAAAGUUUUUACUUCAACUUUAAGAAGAAAUACAAGUAUGAUGAAAUUGUGGCAGAGUAUCGGAAAUCUAGAGGCAAGGGAGAUGGUCCUCCCACUGUGACUGACGAAGAAGAGAGUGGGUCAUCAACGUCAAGCUGUGAUGAAGGCGGAACCGUACCUCCGCCACCUGCAACCCAAGACUCUGCCUCUGACACAACAUCUGCACCAUCUCCUGGUCCAGCAAUACAUCAUAAUAAUAUUGAUGAAAAGAGGGAGGCUGAGAAUACUGAGGGUGGUAUGAAGGAACCAUUACCCCGCCACCCACCACCCCCUGCUAGUGUAAAAGAAGAUUAUGACAGUUCAGCAACUGCAAGUGCUGAUGAAGGUCAGAGUUGUGUUGGCCGGGAUUCUCCACCUGAGGUGCAGCACUUGCCUAACCCAAACGAGAGACCGCCUCAACCAAUCCCAAGUACCAUUGGAGGAAAGACCCCUCCGCCUCCUGUGUCUCGGCCAAGUUCCAAAGGGACAGAGAAUCCUUGUGCAGGGUCAGCUAAUGUUAGAGAUUUAAUUUUUGAUACAAUAGAAAGAACACUUGAGAAAACAGAUGAGAAACCUCAGAAUAAGGGGAUGCCAACUAUCAGUAAUAUUCUGAGGUCAUCUUAUGUACAACGGCCUGCACCUGUGCCACCUCCCCCACCCCCUGUAGGGCAAGAGUUCCAUCGCAACCAAAUGCCAAGAUUUAAUGAUCCUAGAGACGGGCUUCCUCAUAAUGAUAAUAAUCCCUUUGAUUCACAAGACGGUCAGUGUGAAGGUCUCGACCUGACUGUUCGUAAGCGUGAUAGAUCUCCUCCUCAACCACCAGCUCAUCAGUCUCUCCCAGUUCACCAUCAGCCAGCUCAACCUCCUCAGCAGUCUCAUCCACCUUCUCGACCGACAUCCUCGCCUCGUGAAAUCCCAACGGUCCGAGGAGGAGCAGAAGUGACAAUCACGAGUAAAGAACCUCCCCAACCUCCACCUCGUGCACAUGCUAACACUAGCUAUAGUAAACCACCUCAUGAACCCUGGGGUUUCCCAGAUCCACGAAAUAAAUCUCCUGCCUUCAUACCAGAUUCCAGAGCUUUAUCUCAUCAUCAGCCUCCUACUUUGACGAGUGUGUCUGGUGGUCCUUCACCUCUUGCAUACACACAUGUUAGGCCACCACACACUCACUCCUCCAAAAUGAAAAUGGCUCCCCCUCCACCUCUAACCAGUGUACGCAGUCAGCAUCCUCCACCACAGCCAGUAAACACGUCUAUAUCUACACCACCACGAAUUCCUAUGAAGAUCGAUAAGCAGGUCCCUCCUACUCAUGUAGGGUCCAUAACUCAUGGUACUCCUGUCAAUCCACCAGGAUCCAUUGUGUCGGUGCCUCUGUCGCAGGCGGGACGUUUUGAUAUGAUGCCCAAACCAGGUAUAGGAAAAGAAGGUGGCUCCAUUACUCAAGGCACUCCUAUGCAUCCUGAUCAGAAACGCUCUGUAGCUGUGACAAGUAUAUAUAAAGAUGGUUGUCCACCAUUUGAAGCACGGGCUGGAAGUGGAGUCGAGAUCAUUCCAAGACCAGCGUUGCCAUCACAGUAUGAACGUGAACAUAUUUACAGAGGACCUCGGCCACCUAUAUCCUCUGCACCGUCUUCUACGCCUUAUUAUUCAAGUUAUGCAUAUACUCGCCCUGCAUACCCAGAGCCCCAGAUUAGUUCUCGUCAAAUCAUUGCCCAUGAUUAUCAGAUGUCUCAGCAGAUGAUUAAUAGAAGAGGAGUUGAAAAAGAAUCCAGAGUAUCUCCCAGAGCAAGAGACCACAGUCCACAACAAGAUCCGCGUGACCAUCGUACAACAGUUGGUACAACAGUAGGUCGAAUUAUAGACAAUUCUACAAGAAGUAUUGAUCCAAGAGGAUUGGACAUAAGACAGAUAGAAUUGUCACGUAUAGAUAGUAGGACUGUUGAUCCUAGAUUGGAUCACAGAGGUGGUUUAGAUCCACGCGUAGUUGAACGUAUAAAUCCGUCAACAGAUCCAAGAUUUUAUGGAGCAAGUGGGCCCCAUGGUUCCUAUCAACCUCCAUCACAAUCAUCAGCUUAUUCACAGGAGAGAGUAUCGAGGCCGCCAUCAUCUCCAGCCUCAGGACGUGAUCCUACUCCUACUUCUCCAAAUAGUGACAUGGCACAAUCGCCGAAUGAUUUUAGAUCUCCAGGAGUGUCUACUCCAACGCCACCUAGAGUAGGAGUCAUUCAGCGUCAUCCCACGAGCAAGCCACCCUCACAUUUAGCACCUCCAACAAGUGCUUCGCCACGUACAGAUGACAGAUAUUCACCAAGACACUCUCGCGGAGGUUCUGAUACUUUCAAUGAAUUUGUCAACAUAGCUGUUGCUCAGCCAGGUUAUCCCUCUGCACCUCAUGAAAGUAGAAGAGAAGGCAGGCCUAAGGUACCUCAUGAUACACCUCAGCCAGAAGGAUUAGAAAAGCAGUUGACCGAUUCUAUGAGAAUUAGGACUGCAGCUAUGGAUGGUAGGUUACCACAUCCUGAUGAUCGUCGGUACUAUGAUCCCAGAAAAAAACUACCCGAUGUCGAUAAUGAUGCUCCACAAGGUGGUUUUGUUACUUGUUAUGUGAGAGACCGAAAACCUUCUCCAUCUCCAACAGGUAAUAGUAAUAAUCGAAAUUCAAGUGAAACCCUUACAGCAGCCAAUUUAAUUGAUGCUAUUAUAACUCACACAAUAAAUCAUACUAGUGCAGAUAGUGGUGGGGGACCAAAUGAUCAGCGUCCUUCCAGAAGACACGGCGAAACAGGAUCACACAUGGAAAUUGAUAAACGUGUUAGAUCUCCAGCCACUGCCCCAGUGAAAGAAAAAGAAGUAGUCAUGGUUGAUGAUAGUCCAGAUACCAGACCACCUCCUAAUCCUUUAAAUCAUAAAGAUGGGGUAGGUUCCUCUCUCCAUUCAGCUCCCCAUCAUCAAGGUUCUCAGCCAAAGUCAAUGCAUGCUCACAUGGAUCAAAUCAUACAUAGAGAGUAUGCCUUGGGUGAUGGACGGAAGAUGGAAGCACCACCUCACAUGCCUUAUGCACGAACAUUGCCGUCAUCGUCGUCGUCCUUAGAAAUUUUGAGGACUGAUGGCCGACCAUAUGUUAGUUCUGGAGGGCCGCCAGCUGUAACUGUGUCACAGGUUGGAAACUAUGAGCCUUGGAAAAGGGGAGCUGAAAAAGAUGGAAAAGAUAGAAUAGAUUCACAUUCCCCUCACCGCCCACCACCAUCUUCACAAUCUGGAGGUCAUCAUAUUCCUGCUCAACAUUUAGCACCAGAUGAAAGACAGAUCGUAAGAAUAAAGCAACCGUCACCCGUGUCGCCAAGACCUGACCAUAAGAGGAGAACGCCGCCCUCUGCACAAGCAACAAGCUUUCCUGUGGAGACAAAUUCUCCGCCAUCUUCGUCUGCACCACCAUUAUCUGCCGAUCCAAAUCAUACAGAUUCUAAUAAUCAGUGGAGUCAGUACCCAAAAAGACCAUAUCAGCAGAAGGAGGUAUUUGAUUAUGUGAAAAAUAAAAUUGCUGAAGUAAUGAGAACUGAAAUUCAGGAGGGAGACAAGCGUUCAGUUGACGACAGUAGACACACACAACCUGGUUUGCAAGUUUCUCAGUUACAGCAUCAGCAGCAACUACCUCCUCAGCACUCUGUAUCUCAGCAAAAUGCACACUAUGAUAUGGAAGAUCCUUUAAAAAAAAGAGCAAGGUUAGAAAUUAGUGAUCGUCCUCCAUCCCGUCCACGGUCCACUGGAGGGGACAUGAUAAAGGAAAGACGGGAAGAUGCACCCACACGAGAUGACGUUGCGGAUUCCCCUCAGUCAGGUGAAAUGGUCAUAGACGAGUCGCCUCGUGACUCCCACCCUCCAACGUCAAAAUCAGGGGACAUGGGAGGGGGGAAAAUGAGUUCAAAGGGGGAACCUAGUGACCGGUCGGGUUAUCCCCCAGUAAGUGCUAGUAGCCCAUAUUCUUACAGUUACCCUGGGUUUCGUGGACAUGGGGGUCCAGGUUUAGGGGGCCCUGGGGUUCCUCCCUCUACCACUUCAUCUACUACUAGUAGUAAUUCCAGUGGUGGACGUCCACUCCAGGGAUAUGAACCUCAUGUGGAACCUGUAAGUGAUGAAGACUGAACCCCAGAUUGGACUACUGCCGUGAUAAGUGUUAUCUGUGAUCUGUUUUGUGGACUAGUGUUGUCGCGCCGCACUCUGGUGUACAAAGCUACCCCCAUAUGUAUGUGUAUAUAUGAGUAUGUAGGUGGUUUGUGUCAAUACUCAGGCUCUGGGUGUGAGGCUGCCUCCUUCCUAGAGGCCAGUGUUAGUAUUCUGCUGCCCACGUCUAUCUCACUGUUACCCAGACAUGCUGCCACACUCUUACCGCUCUUGUCAUCCACUCUUGUCAGGUAUUUAUCAGCCAUAUUGUGGUCACCUUCUUGUCAUCUUCACUACUAUUUGCUGUUCAUUAAAUCUUUCUCUUUGUAGCAAACAUCGCAGCCUUUCCUCGCACCCCCAUUAGCCACAGAAGUGCAGCAUCUGUGGAUAGUGGUAACAGCAGUGCCCACACAGACCAUCAUCAAGAACAAAGCUAAGGUAGGGACAGCACCCACCCGCUGCUAUAUUAAGAAAGUUCAUUCCAAAAGCCCCCGCUGGCUGGCCUGGCUGGGCGGUGGCGUGGGGUAGUCCGCAUUGUACAGAGACCUUCCACUUGUUGAGGGCAGCGGUGGGAUGGAUGAGUCACGUGACUGUCUCCUACUCACUGCUGCCCAACUCUCACAUCAUUAAAUGUCAGAAAAAAUGUUAUUUUUGUUGAUUAAAGAUGCUCAAAACU